UAAGUUCCCCUUCCGCUUCCUCCUACCUCUUGUCCUACUGUUGCUGCUCCUCUGCCGAGGCACCUCGCCUCUCCAAACCCCUGGAGCCUGCAGAAGCCCUCUCUGCCCUGAGCUGUCACCAACACUGCCUCCCAGGCCCCGGACGCCAUGCAGGCCAUCAAGUGUGUGGUGGUGGGAGAUGGAGCCGUGGGCAAGACCUGCCUUCUUAUCAGCUACACCACCAACGCUUUCCCCGGAGAGUAUAUCCCCACCGUGUUCGACAACUAUUCAGCCAAUGUGAUGGUGGACAGCAAGCCCGUGAACCUGGGGCUGUGGGACACAGCAGGGCAGGAGGACUACGACCGCCUCCGGCCGCUCUCCUACCCACAGACGGACGUCUUCCUCAUCUGCUUCUCCCUUGUCAGCCCUGCCUCCUAUGAGAAUGUCCGGGCCAAGUGGUUCCCCGAGGUGCGACACCACUGCCCCAGCACACCCAUCAUCCUGGUGGGCACCAAGCUGGAUCUGCGGGACGACAAGGACACCAUCGAGAGGCUGAAGGAGAAGAAGCUGGCUCCCAUUACCUACCCGCAGGGCCUGGCCCUGGCCAAGGAGAUCGACUCGGUAAAAUACCUGGAGUGCUCGGCCCUCACCCAGCGAGGCCUGAAGACCGUCUUUGAUGAGGCGAUCCGGGCCGUCCUGUGCCCCCAGCCCACGCGGCCACAGAAGCGUCCCUGCAGCAUCCUGUAGGGUUGCGCCCAGCCCUCCCAGCCAGAUGGCUGUGACCUCCAGGGCCCUCACCCAAAGCCCGGUGGCACCCGGGCUGGCCCUGCUGUCCCCUCCCUGUGGUGUUUCUUAGCAGAUGGCUGCAGAGCUUGGUUGCUCAUCUUCUCCGGGCUGGAGGCCCCCUGGGGCUGGAAGGCUGUGAAUUUGCAGGCUCCGCUCCCGAUCCCUUCAUGCUCCCACCUUCACAGGGGCCAGAGGGGAGCCACCCUUGCAUUAGUGUGGCCAAUGUCAGCUGCCGCACGUGACAGCAUCUAUCCCUUUACCCCAGUCCCACCUGAUGCCUGAAUCCCCUCUGGAAAUUUCGGGCCAGAGGGUUGCCAGCCACCACUCGCAUACCUUCAGGGACGGGUCGCUCACUCCCUCCUGAGGCAGGCUACUCCAAUAUUGAUGGUCUUGCUUGUCUGAAAGUUCUCCUUCUGAGCUAAAAUGAGUGUCUCAGACGUUUGCUCCUGCGGCCUUAGUUCUCCUUUUUGGAACAACAUAAAACAGAUCAAAUUCUCUGCAUGUCGGUGGGUACCCGCAACAGCCAGUCAAAACCCUCGGCCCAGCUGUCUCCUGCUGUCUCUCAAGUCUUUCUACGCCACUCACAGGAUCCUGAGCUACAUGUGCCUGUGGGAGUCUUGAAACUUUCAGACCCUGCCAGGCAGGACUUUUGCUAUUGCAAAUGGAAAACCUAAUUCAACCUGCUUAAGCAGAAAAUAAAUCUAUUGAUCCAAAUUUGGAAAUAUCA